AAACUAAUGAUACUCCCUCUUGGAUUAUUCAUCUUGACCAAGAAAAUAUUCUUGAAUCUAGGAAUUCUAGUGAUGAAGAAUCAGACCCAAACCAUGAAUUAAAUAUUGACCUAGAUAACUUUUUCUAUACUGCCCCU